AUGCAGCACAGGGAGCUCAUACUACAGACUAAAUACGUGUGUGUGUCUCUGGGUGUCUGGACCGGACCCUCUACCCCCUGUGGUGUCUGGACCGGACCCUCUGCCCCCUGUGGUGUCUGGACCGGACCCUCUGGCCCUGUGGUGUCUGGACCGGACCCUCUGGCCCUGUGGUCUCUGGACCAGACCCUCUACCCCCUGUGGUGUCUGGACCGGACCCUCUGGCCCUGUGGUGUCUGGACCGGACCCUCUGGCCCUGUGGUGUCUGGACCGGACCCUCUGGCCCUGUGGUGUCUGGACCGGACCCUCUGGCCCUGUGGUCUCUGGACCGGACCCUCUGGCCCUGUGGUGUGUCUGGACCGGACCCUUUGGCCCUGUGGUGUCUGGACCGGACCCUUUGGCCCUGUGGUGUCUGGACCGGACCCUCUGGCCCUGUGGUGUGUCUGGACCGGACCCUCUGGCCCUGUGAUGUCUGGACCGGACCCUCUGGCCCUGUGCUGUGUCUGGACCGGACCCUCUGGCCCUGUGGUGUCUGGACCGGACCCUCUGGCCCUGUGGUGUCUGGACCGGACCCUCUGGCCCUGUGGUCUCUGGACCGGACCCUCUGGCCCUGGUGUGUCUGGACCGGACCCUCUGGCCCUGUGGUCUCUGGACCGGACCCUCUACCCCCUGUGGUGUCUGGACCGGACCCUCUGGCCCUGUGGUGUCUGGACCGGACCCUCUGGCCCUGUGGUGUCUGGACCGGACCCUCUGGCCCUGUGGUGUGUCUGGACCGGACCCUCUGGCCCUGUGAUGUCUGGACCGGACCCUCUGGCCCUGUGCUGUGUCUGGACCGGACCCUCUGGCCUUGUGGUGUCUGGACCGGACCCUCUGGCCCUGUGGUGUCUGGACCGGACCCUCUGGCCCUGUGGUCUCUGGACCGGACCCUCUGGCCCUGUGGUGUCUGGACCGGACCCUCUGGCCCUGUGGUCUCUGGACCGGACCCUCUGGCCCUGUGGUGUCUGGACCGGACCCUCUGGCCCUGUGGUGUCUGGACCGGACCCUCUGGCCCUGUGGUCUCUGGACCGGACCCUCUGGCCCUGUGGUCUCUGGACCGGACCCUCUGGCCCUGGUGUGUCUGGACCGGACCCUCUGGCCCUGUGGUCUCUGGACCAGACCCUCUACCCCCUGUGGUGUCUGGACCGGACCCUCUGGCCCUGUGGUGUCUGGACCGGACCCUCUGGCCCUGUGGUGUCUGGACCGGACCCUCUGGCCCUGUGGUGUGUCUGGACCGGACCCUCUGGCCCUGUGAUGUCUGGACCGGACCCUCUGGCCCUGUGCUGUGUCUGGACCGGACCCUCUGGCCCUGUGGUGUCUGGACCGGACCCUCUGGCCCUGUGGUGUCUGGACCGGACCCUCUGGCCCUGUGGUCUCUGGACCGGACCCUCUGGCCCUGUGGUGUCUGGACCGGACCCUCUGGCCCUGUGGUCUCUGGACCGGACCCUCUGGCCCUGUGGUGUCUGGACCGGACCCUCUGGCCCUGUGGUGUCUGGACCGGACCCUCUGGCCCUGUGGUCUCUGGACCGGACCCUCUGGCCCUGUGGUCUCUGGACCGGACCCUCUGGCCCUGUGGUGUCUGGACCGGCCCUCUGGCCGUUUGACCCUCUACCCCCUGUGGUGUCUGGACCGGACCCUCUGGCCCUGUGGUGUGUCUGGACCGGACCCUCUGGCCCUGUGAUGUCUGGACCGGACCCUCUGGCCCUGUGCUGUGUCUGGACCGGACCCUCUGGCCCUGUGGUGUCUGGACCGGACCCUCUGGCCCUGUGGUCUCUGGACCGGACCCUCUGGCCCUGUGGUGUCUGGACCGGACCCUCUGGCCCUGUGGUCUCUGGACCGGACCCUCUGGCCCUGUGGUGUCUGGACCGGACCCUCUGGCCCUGUGGUCUCUGGACCGGACCCUCUGGCCCUGUGGUGUCUGGACCGGACCCUCUGGCCCUGUGGUGUCUGGACCGGACCCUCUGGCCCUGUGGUCUCUGGACCGGACCCUCUGGCCCUGUGGUGUCUGGACCGGACCCUCUGGCCCUGUGGUCUCUGGACCGGACCCUCUGGCCCUGUGGUGUCUGGACCGGACCCUCUGGCCCUGUGGUGUCUGGACCGGACCCUCUGGCCCUGUGGUCUCUGGACCGGACCCUCUGGCCCUGUGAUGUCUGGACCGGACCCUCUGGCCCUGUGGUGUCUGGACCGGACCCUCUGGCCCUGUGGUGUCUGGACCGGACCCUCUGGCCCUGUGGUCUCUGGACCGGACCCUCUGGCCCUGUGGUGUCUGGACCGGACCCUCUGGCCCUGUGGUCUCUGGACCGGACCCUCUGGCCCUGUGGUGUCUGGACCGGACCCUCUGGCCCUGUGGUCUCUGGACCGGACCCUCUGGCCCUGUGGUGUCUGGACUGGACCCUCUGGCCCAGGACACAGAUCAGGUUCUCAGUGAGAGCUGCUGACUUGGCUCCUGUGGUGGGCACAACCACAGACUGUUGUGUUUCAGGAAACACAGGGAUGUUCCUGAGGACCAUCGUCUGCAGCAGCUUCUGCUUCAUCUGUCUCCAGUGUCUCAUGCAGGUCCCCUUCUCCUACAUCAGGACAUCAGGUGAGUCAGCAGGGACAUCAGAGGAGUCAGCGGGACAUCAGGGGAGUCAGCAGGGGAGUCAGCAGGGACAUCAGAGGAGUCAGCAGGACAUCAGGGGAGUCAGCAGGACAUCAGGGGAGUCAGCAGGGACAUCAGAGGAGUCAGCAGGACAUCAGGGGAGUCAGCAGGGACAUCAGGGAGUCAGCAGGACAUCAGGGGAGUCAGCAGGGACAUCAGGGAGUCAGCAGGGACAUCAGGUGAGUCAGCAGGGGAGUCAGCAGGGACAUCAGGGAGUCAGCAGGGACAUCAGGGAAGUCAGCAGGGACAUCAGGGAGUCAGCAGGGGAGUCAGCAGGGACAUCAGAGGAGUCAGCAGGGACAUCAGGUGAGUCAGCAGGGGAGUCAGCAGGGACAUCAGGGGAGUCAGCAGGGACAUCAGGGGAGUCAGCAGGGACAUCAGGGAAGUCAGCAGGGACAUCAGAGGAGUCAGCAGGACAUCAGGUGAGUCAGCAGGGACAUCAGGGGAGUCAGCAGGGACAUCAGAGGAGUCAGCAGGACAUCAGGUGA